AUGCCUCAAUACGGCAGCAGGGAUCGAGAUAGGGGACGAGAGAAAGAUCGGGAUCAGAAUGAGCAGCACCAGCGCCCCGCGGGGCAGAAGCGCUUCAUCAAGCGCUACCGCACCGAGGUCGCCGCCAGUGCUUCGAGUGUCCUGUCGACGGUGUCUGCAUUCCCUCUCGAUAGUGUGAAGACACGCAUGCAGACGUACAAGUACGCAGGGUUUUUGGACUGCGUGCGCCAUACUUACCAGCAAGAGAAGCUGAGAGGUUUCUUUCGAGGCGUAACUGCCCCAAUGGCAAGUGUGACGCUCGUCCGAACCGUCUCCUUCUCGAUCUAUCAACGCUCUAAAUACGCCUACUCCGACUGGCUCAAGAAAAAUUUCGGAAUCGAUGUGCUGGGGCACGUCAACAAGAGGGGGACAUAUCCAAACCUGUCCUCAAUUGCCUGCUUUGGCGCGGCCGGUGCCACAGCUGGCUCAUGCAUCACGUUGAUAGCUUGCCCCUUUGAGUUGACCAAACUGAGUGCUCAAGUCUCGGUCCUCUUGGCCGACAAGAAGAACUGCCCCGAGCCUCAGAGUCAAAAGAUUGCGGCGAGCUAUCAGAAUAAGGGGACUUUCAAGACAAUGAGAAAUAUUGUCAAACACCGCGGACUCGGGGGCCUGUACACAGGCUUCAACCUGCAUCUUUUGAGAGAUACGCUUGGCACUGGCAUAUACUUCAUGACCUACGAGAGUAGCAAGCAACUUCUGACCACAUUCGGUGGUGAUGGGACACAUUCCAACCCUCUCGCUGUCCUGGUCGCUGGUGGUCUCUGCGGUAUUGUCUCAUGGGCAAUGAUUUAUCCCAUCGACUCGGCCAAGAGCAUAUAUCAGCGAAACUGCCUCAUGUACUCGAAAGGACAGAAAGUCAAGCCGGUGAAGAUCGAAUUCUUCCGAAAGCAGAUGUACCGCGGUCUCGGCGUGUCCAUGGGCCGCUCCUGCGCGGUCAAUGCGAUAUUUUUCUCCUCCUUUGAGUUCUUGAAGAAGCGCAUCAAUGCUCUCGAAGAUCAUUGA